AUGGCGACGAGCAGUAUACAAUUGGUUUUCGUCGGCGUCAUUCUUAUAAUCCUGUGGACCGAAUCGGUAACGAAUGGAGAAGUACCAGACGGUGUCGUUUACACUGAUCUGCACAAGACUGUUCAAAAGGAUGCGGAGGUUGUUCUAACAUGUCAGUUCUAUGGAACGCCCAUCGCGGUCUACUGGAAGAAAGGAGAUGACCCCACGACCUCGCCCAACCUGAUCACGUGGGUUGAAGGGGAACCCCUCACAGGGUCAUGUGUUCCUGACGGGGCAUGUAAGAUGGGAGAUGAUUAUUCUCUCACAAUCAAGAAAGCUGAGAUUAGAGAUCAAGGGAGAUACAUAUGUCGAGUUUCAAACUACCUGGGGAUCCUGAUUCAUAACUUCACUGACGUUGUGAUAUUUGCACCGCCGAAUGAACCUUACCCUGUCAUCAACGAAUGUCAAGAGAUGGCGCUCGCCAACCCUAACGACUUCUGCAACAUUACCUCCCACAUCCCCAUCGAAAUCACCUGUUCUGUAACGAACUACUUCCCCGACGUUGAUCUCUUCUUCCUCCGCGGUUUCCAAAACGUGGCUACAUCAAGAACCAAUGAACUGGUCAAUGAUGACGGAACGAAGAACAAAUCGAUCGUCAUUGAGGCUGAAGAGGGCGAAUGGUCUUACGUCUGUGUGGCAUCCGACAUCCCAGGAACUCUUGAGCAUAGGACCGCAAAACUAGUCGUUAUUAAUGUAAAAGAUGAUAUACUGACGAGAUCACACUCCACUGUCUCCUCAGAGAGAGAAAAAGACGUCCAAAUCGUUGAAAUCGCGGCACCCCCAUCCCUCUUCUUACUGUUUGUGGCUGUACUGGUGUUUUUAGUGGCUAUACUUCGACGGAAAAAGCUUGCAAGGAAAAGUGACGUGGAGAAGGGAGAAGUUGGGCCUCCAACAAGGAUCGAAGGAAAUAUAUCGUUCUAUGAGCUGUGGUCCCUGAUUUUCGGCAAGGAUAACGAUGAUAGAUUGGAAAACAUACGUGACACAAUCCGCCAUUUAGGCAUCAGUGAUGUCGAAGAUGGUCUGAAUGCAGCGCAGUGUUACGACGUUCUCUGUGAUUGGAAGGAUCACCACAAGCAGGACAGCCAAGCAAUGGAUCUUAAACGAGCCCUAGCAAAAGCGGGUUUUGAUGGAGCGUGGAAGGAGAUAUAUGAUCAAAGACACCGUACGGACUCACAGCCUUCUGAAGACACACUAAAACACAUCUUGUGGCAAGUUGGAGACCCUGACAGGAUAGAUAAGUUCUUAGGCGAUCUGAUACCAGGACAAAGAAUAAGCGUUGCAGGAAAAAUGAAGGACAUCGUCGCAGAAGCCUUGAGAGACCUCAUCCAAUGGUGUAAGGGACCGCCUCAACAUAACCCAAUGGUCUUGUUAAGCCUAUCCCUGGAGAGAACUUUCUGCUGCCCUAUCGACAGAGAUUUCUUUACCGGUAGGAAUUAUUUUACAUUUUACAUUAUGUAUCAUAUAUCUCUGUCCCAUAGCUUGGAGGCCGACCGUUGUGGCGACAAGGAAAUGGACCUUGAGACGCAGUACACUGUUUCUUUUGCAGUACCUGAGGGUUUGCUGGAAGAAAUCGGCGAUUAUGAAGUUAUUGGAUUCAUCCAGCGACUGGCAGGCAAACACUGUAACAAGCUGGCUGAAUCCAUUGGAACGCCCACGGAGGCGCUUAGUGCUAUUCUGGUGGAGAAUGACAAGGCAACCGUAUUCGACACACAGGGAAUGAUUCGUGACUGGAUAAGUAACGAGGAAUGCAGCAACUUUGAGAAGAGACACAGGCUUAAUGUCUCGGUGACAAAGGUUUGCCGUGAGGAUUUGGAAGGUUAUUUUGGAGCAACGGACCUCUAUACUUCAAAAGAGGCAAAUGAAGAACGGGCUCGAAAGGAUUCAAACGAAGUAUCACGAGAAUAUGGUGGAAUUUCUGAACUGGAAACUCGUCGAAUAGCCAACUAUCUCACAGACUCUGAAUUAAAGCACCUGGGUGAAGGGUCGGACCCGGUGAAGGUGGUGAUAGAAUGGGUCAACAGCUUGCUCGAGAAGAAUCUUAACGGAGGCUGUCGGAAAAGGGUACAUGGAACACUGAAAGAAAUCGGCCUUCAAGCACUGAUGCCAUUCCAAAUAAAAGACAAGUUAUGUCUGGUUGAAGUACUUGACGUUGCUGUUCGUCUUCUCAUGACCGACAUCCAACCGUUCGCCAAAGCUCUGGGAAUAUCCGAUCAGAAACUCAUCAAGUACAGGAUGGAUGUCACACCUAAACAGCUCUCUAAUGGAACACUUGCUCUUUUAGCAAAGGAUAGCAACAAGAUAAAUAAUGACAGAAGUAAAAUCAGCAGUUCACUGUCCAAAGCUGACUACGAUGAUCUUGCAUUGUUGCUGAAGUACGGAUGUGCAAUAUCUCUAGCCGACAUGUUCGCCUUGGGGUAUGGACCAGUACCAAACUCCUCCCAGCGUGAUGAAUUGCGACACAACCUGGGAAUAGCCACGGACGAUGACGACAUCGUUGGCAUGCUCAAACACUGGAAAUCUAUGGCCCAUCCUCCAACCUACAAUCCCAGAACCACCCUGGCCGAUGCUGUUCUCCCCGUUCUUGGGAAAGAGAAGGCCUUGUCUGUCCUGUCAGGAACAUCGAGGCAAAGUGGGAUUCAUAGUGAGAAAGUCAUCAGGGCUCUCCGAGAGGGAAUUCUGUUCAGAGAGACAUGCCGUGUUGCUGAAAUCAUCAACGUCCUUCUCCCAUCCGUUGACGAUGAUCCCAUGACAAAGCUUCUUAUCACCCUGGAGGACCAGGUGAAGAAUGAUUCGCUUCCUGAGGACGUCUACGAGAAGCUGAGUGUAGCGGGUUUCAAGGGAUUAUCAACAGAACUUAAGAGGGGCGAUUGCCAGGAGAACGAGCACGAAAGCACUCGGAUGCGAAGAAGGGAUAUUAUCCAAAAUGACAUAUCAUGCCGCAUUGCCGAGGUACUUGGUGUAAAGAAGACAUCUUCGCUCUCAUCCAUCUUUGAAGCUUGGGAAGAAAAAUUGAGGAAAAACCCACUCAAGCAAGACAAACGCCGGGAUUUGAGUGAUCGACUCUUAAGAGCUGGAUAUGAAGACUUUGCCCACGAGAUCAUGACAGGAUUUGUUCCCAGACCACUGGAUCAGAAGUGAG